CCGGGAGCGGAGGUGGGCGGGGCCGGGGCGCGUGUCCGCGCGGGCCCUGGGGCUGCGGGCGGCGUGCUCCAUGGAGGUGCCCGUCCGGGAGUCCCGCCCCGAGGACGGCGCGGGCCCGGCUGCCCCCGGCAGAGGGGACCUGAGCAGCAGGAUUAAAGAACAAAAAAUUGUUGUGGAUGAACUUUCUAACCUGAAGAAGAACCGGAAAGUAUACAGGCAGCAACAGAACAGCAACAUAUUCUUUCUUGCCGACCGAACCGAAAUGCUUUCUGAAAGCAAAAAUAUAUUGGAUGAGCUGAAAAAAGAAUACCAAGAAAUAGAAAACUCAGAGAAGACCAAGAUCAGGAAAUAG